GCCUUCCCCGUGCGCGUCCACGAGCCAUGAAUGUAGCCGGGUGCGCGCGCUUCUGCUCGCACACAGCAUUCAUAAAACGGGAUGCUGAAUGCAGCCCUGUAUCCCGGUCGCCCCUGACAACGAAAGGACGCGUCGACACGUUUUUUGUUUUUUUUACGAGGAUGUAAAGAUCCAAUUACACAGCCCAAGUCAAGUUGUGAUUGGCUGGAAUUAAAGUCAAUCAUCUAUCAAUCGAGUUGGGACAGUUAGUGCCAUGGCAACCAGUGCCCAGCAACAAAGACUCAUCCCUGUGUGUAUGCUGGGCAGCCUCAAGCAAACAUGCCUCCGAAGAAAAAAACUAAGAAGACGACAAAGAAGAACCCAGAAAGAAGUGAAAAUGACUUGGAAGCAAAGUAUAGGCGCAGUGUUCUGGACGUAGCCAUCCUCCAGGAUCACAUUGCCUUCCAGCGUGAGUCUGUAAAAAAGGUCCAGUCUGAUAGAAUCGAGCUGAGGAGAUGCCUGAGACACACGGAGCAGAAGCUGCAGCACGACACACAGGACCACAGGGACGUCCACUCUGACGUCAGUCGCCGGUACAACGCCAUGCAGACGGAGAUGACCAGUAAAGUUCAGAGGAUGGAGAAAGAGGUCAGCCAGCUGUCGGAACAACUCGUGAUGUGUCAGCAGGAACUGAGUAAAGAGACGAGAGAGCGUGAGCAGGUGGAGAGGGAGAAAGACUCCGUCAUCGCCGACCUCCAACACCAGCUGGAACACAUGGAGACGGACUACGAGAAGAUCCUCCACGAGAACCUGGACAGUCUGAGUUCCCAGCUGUCUGCGGCUCAACGGGGAUGGGAGGACGAGAGCUCAGCCGCUCACCAAAAGUACGAGGCGCUGCUCUCUGAAUUCGGCCUGAAUGCUCGAAACAUCUGAAGAUUAAGGAAAGCAGCUUUUGUUUUAAUGUUGGAUCCAUAUCUCAGUUCCCUCUGAUCUGAUGUUGCAUCCGUUUGGUUUAAUUCAAAGUGAUGUCGUCAAGUUGUAACUCGCAGUUUUAGUAUGCCUGUAGCACACGGGUGGGUGUUUAAAACAAAUUAUAUUCGACCAUGAGAGUAUCACAUAAACUGAGUUAUCGGCGUCGUGUUCACCAGCUCAUGUGGUGCGUCUGUAAUGUUGUGUAAUUCCCACUAGAUGUAGCAAAUGACUAUUUACAGUUGGGGAGGAUGGUGGUCAGAUAUGUAGAUAAACACAGAUGGGUAUUUAAAAUGAUUAAAUACAUCUGCAAUGCUGCUUAUGAGACGACCUCCGUCUGUCUCAUGGAAGGUGGAGGUCUGGAUCGUGAUCCAGGUCUACAACGAACUAUUCACACACUCUGUCAUAUUCAUUGGAUGUUUAUGUGACUCUGUAACGCUUCAUUCUGGUCACAUGACAUCAAUUGUUCCGUCCAUCCUGGAGAGGGAUCCUCCUCUGUUGCUCUCCUGAAGGGUUUCUACUUUUUUACCCCGUGAAAGGUUUAUUUUCUUUUUUUGGGGGAGUUUUUCCUGAUCCGAUGUGAGGUCAAAGGUCAGGGAUGUCGUAUGUGUACAGAUUGUAAAACCUGCUGAGGCAAAUUUGUAAUUUGUGAUAUUGGGCUAUACAAAAUAACUGAAUUGAAUUGACGAAUAUGCUACAACAGGGA